AUGGAACCUGACGAGCAGGUGGCCAUGUCCACCGGCUGGGACGAGGAGGAAGGAGAACGCGGAUUAAAAGAGACGCAGAGGGACGCAGCCAAUGCUCGUGAGAGGGCCAGGAUGAGAGUCUUGAGCAAAGCCUUCUCUAGGCUGAAGACCACCCUGCCUUGGGUGCCUCCAGAUACAAAGCUGUCCAAGCUGGACACACUACGGCUGGCUUCAAGCUACAUCUCGCACCUUAGGCGACUGCUACAGGACCAACCGCUGGAUGACACCUUUGUGACGAGCACAAGUCUGACGUGGCCAUUUGAGACAUCAGGACACUCGGAAGACAGAGGAGACUCUUGUUCCAAGACCAGGACGAGACUUUGUGGCGCAACGGCCUGAAAUUGGAAGUAGACCUGCUCACAGUUGAUAUUCGUCACAGACAAUUGCCAUCGAA